AUGUCCACCGAGCCGUCCCCUCGCGCUGUGCGUUUUUCCAACGGCGACGACGAAUUGCGCCCACACGAGAUCAUGCCCCAGCGUCCUCUCCCCAUCCCCGUCGACUCCGACAACUCUGCCUCGUCUGCCGAUUCCCACCCUGACGACCCGCACGCCCUCGAGCGCCAAGAUGAGGUCGGUUCUCUCGCCAGAUACUCCGAGGGUCAGGUUGGUUCCGUGUCCAACUUGGUUCAAGCUACGAUAGCCAACGGCGGUAUCACACGAAGUCUACGAAGCAACGCCAGCGACGGCGAUCCUGUCUAUACAAACGGCACUGCUGCCGCAAAAGUCCAAAGGCCCAGUGCCCCCGCGAGAACCCCUUCCAACACCUACGCCCCAGCCGCCCACCGCAGGCCUCUACCUCAAGCCCCUCCGUCCUUCGUCGAGACCGUACGAGCAUCCUCUAGGGGUCGCCCACGACCCAGUGAGAGGUUUCGCCAGCAAGAGAGAGCAUACGUUCAGAGACUACGUCAGGAUCACGGUGACGGCUAUCCCUUCGACGGCUAUUCCAACGGCAUGAGUCAAGGCGGUGAUUCCGACUCCGAGGGCGAGACGCCCUCCUCCGAAGGACCCUUUGACGACAGAUACGACCAGGAAACAAUCAUGUUCUAUGGCAACGACGAUUUGCAGCCCAGCGACGAAGAUCUCAAGGACCCCGCGAACCGGGAACGGCUAGAGUGGCACGGCAUGCUGGAAGCUGUCUUGACUGGAGAUGUUGUCAGGCAAGAAAAAAAGAGGCUGAUUGGCUCCAAUGAGACAGCAAUAGGAAUGAGUGGACAAAAGGCCGAGCUUUGGCUUGGCAUUCGAUCAAAGGUCUGCGGAAGACAUCUGCCCGUGCAAAGACGAAUGGUUGAGGAGGCCCGCUCGGCGCUUGACCGUACCCUGGACGAGAUCAUCAACUUCUCCGUCAAGGGCGAGAGCGAAGCUGGAAAGCCGCCCUACGAACAAGUCAAGGACGUGGUGAAGAAGAUUGACAAGUGCGAAAGUCUGUACCCCUCGUGGACGUCACUGGCGGCCGAACACCCGUCAGCCAACUCGCCGCUCUUCCACGAAGCGUCAGAAUCUAUCAUUUCCUGGUAUAACACUAAUGAACUCAUCAACACGGAACUUGCCAUUCUCAAGAAGUGGGUAGGCAACGAAGAAUUGGACUUCACGAGGACACGACAGCGCUCUCCUGUUGGCAAUGGCAUCACAGACGAAUCGUCAUUCCUCGACCGAUUGAUGAAAGAAGAUGGCCUCAAGUCACUUUACGAUGAGGAGUUUGACACCGAGAAGAACAAGGAUGCGCAUAAGGGCAUGUUGCCAGGAAUCUCAACGGUCAUCAACAAAUCCAAGGAUACUCUCAUCCGCAACUUCGCCGCCUUCCAAAAACGCCAUCUCCCUCCCUACAUCGAAGAGCUUCUCACGCUGAUUAGUUUCCCAUCUCGGUUGAUUGAGGAGAUUAUCAAGAUGCGACUCGCUUACGCUAAGAAGGUCAAGGAGUCCGCGCAACAAAAUCCCAUGAUGCAGGACCAGAUGAUCGGUCAAUUCCAAUUGCUCCUCAAGCUGGCAAUCCGUAUCAAGUUGGAGUGUCUCGCCGUUACGCAGCCAGAACCCGGCUGGGAACUUCCGCCCUGCAUCGAUGAAUCGUUCGACCAGGUUGUUCUGGAUGCUCUGAAAUACUACUUCAAAAUGCUCAACUGGAAGCUCAGUGGCAACAAGAACACCUUCAAGGAAGCUGAACUGCUGUUUCAAGAGUGGGAUUUCGCCAACGAGAUCGGCAGUCACCUUCUGGGCGGUGACGUCGAAGUGGCCGAGCAGUUCAGCUCUUUAACGUUCAAGGCCAUCAACCGUCUGAGUGUGACAUUCGAGAAGGAGCUUCAAGUCAAGCCGAAGGAGAGUACGGCUGAGAUGAGCAAGAGAUAUAAGCAAUGCUUGGACUCCGUUCGAGUAAGGCAGCGGAUGUUGCAGCGAUUCUCCAGGAUGUUGAGCGAAAACUACGAAAACGCAUCCGACUUUAGCAUCUCGUUCGACCCGGAGAAGCUCCAGGAGUUCUACGACAGACUUAUUUCCUCUGGGCACUUCCAGGUCUUUACCGAUCUCUACGAAGCAGAGGGCAUCUUCAUCAUGGCAUCACCCUCCUUACUCGAAAGACACGAGGCCAUCCACUCCAUUCUCGGCCUCAGCUCCCCAGAGCAGUUUUCCGAGGAUGUCACAGACCCCUACCUUCUGGUAUUGCGCCCCGAAAGCUCGCCGCACUGGUUCGGCGAUGUUGUACCACUCUCUGUUCGAGAACGAAGUAUCGACCUGAAGAAAGGUCACAUGAGACUUGUAGCUGCUGGUGCACAGGCUCGGCUCGUAAAUGCCAGGAAGGCUUUCAUCGAUGCUGUGGAUAUGCACGUUGAUCUGGUGGUCGAGCAGAGAUCGAACCUGCACAAGGUCAACACGCGUCUCAUGGAAAUCAGGCGAGUCGCCUACAAACUGUCCAAUAACUUCAUGGACAGUGUUGAGAUCAUUCGAAAGCAAACCCAGGGCAGAGAGGUUCAGGAACUCAUCCAGACUUGCUUCGUCUUCGCAACAGAGUUCGGUCAGCGAUCACUGCUUGUCAUGGACAGCAAUCGGAAACAAAUGAACAACUUGAAGCUCACAAAACUUGCGCUGGAUUGGGUCAGCUUCAUCUGCGAUGACUGUAUCGCAUCGGAUCGAAAGACGUUCCGGUGGGCGGUCUUGGCUCUGGAGUUCGCCAUGGGCAUGACACGAGGAAGGCACAUCCUGGCCUUGGGCGAGGAUGAGUAUGCACGGCUUCGAGCCAAGGUGGCCGGUUGCAUGGCUCUUCUCAUCUCGCACUUUGACAUCAUGGGUGCCAGAUCCAACUUGGCCGCCCAAGCAGAGAAGGAGCGCAUUGAGGCUUUGGUGGGUCAGUUCAAGCGUCUUGAUAAAAAUCGGAUGCUCGACGAUCAAGAGGCUUCGAAAUGGAUCACAGAGCAGAGAUUGGAGGAAAUCGACAAAGUGGACGAAUUCAGGAAGGCGAAGGAAGCCGAAAGACAGGCACUCGGUCGCGUCCUCGAGGGAAACAACGAAGUUGACCGUUCCCUCGCAUACCUCUCGUCAUCAGCUACGAACAUCACGAUGCGCUGGCAGCAGGGUCACUUUGUGGGCGGCGGCACUUUUGGCAACGUCUACGCCGCUAUGAACCUUGAUUCUGGCCACUUGAUGGCUGUCAAGGAGAUUCGUCUGCAGGAUCCCAAGUUGAUUCCUACUAUUGCCGAGCAGAUCAAGGACGAAAUGGGUGUUUUGGAGGUGCUCGACCACCCCAACGUUGUAUCCUACUACGGUAUCGAAGUCCACCGAGACAGAGUCUACAUCUUCAUGGAAUUCUGUCAAGGUGGUUCUCUUGCAAACUUGCUGGAGCACGGCCGUAUCGAGGAUGAACAAGUCACUAUGGUUUACGCAUUGCAGCUGCUUGAGGGUCUUGCUUACCUCCAUGAGAGCGGCAUUGCCCAUCGCGAUAUUAAACCAGAAAACAUCCUUCUCGACCACAACGGUAUCAUCAAGUACGUUGACUUUGGUGCUGCGAAGGUCAUUGCAAGACAAGGCAAAACGCUAGUCCAGGACAUAACCGCUACCAAGCCCAACAAGUCCAUGACAGGAACACCGAUGUACAUGUCACCUGAAGUCAUCAAGGGCGAGAAUCCAGGCAGGGCGGGCUCAGUAGAUAUCUGGUCUCUAGGUUGCGUCAUCCUAGAGAUGGCCACAGGCCGCCGCCCCUGGGCUAAUCUCGACAACGAAUGGGCCAUCAUGUACAACAUUGCCCAAGGCAACCCGCCUCAGCUGCCGUCGACCGACCAACUCAGCCCGCAGGGAAUCGAUUUCCUGAGAAGGUGUUUCACUCGGGAUCCCAAGAAGAGAGCAUCCGCGGUUGAGCUUCUUCAGCACGAAUGGAUCAUGACAAUCAAGAGCCAGGUCGUCGAGCCACCCACGCCAAGUGACUCUAGUUCAGUCCAAUCGACGCCCAGCUCUCGCAGCGCAAACAACGACGGCUUCUACUAG